UGGUCGGAGAAGGAAAAGGAAAAGGAAAAUCCGAUCGAUGAUGGCUCUGAAGCAGUCAUACAGUAGGAGACCCGCUCUCCUCCAUCUUGUCUUCGCCGCCUCCAUUUUCUCUCUCUUCGUAUUCGCCGCCAUUCGCUCCUCUUUCUCUUUCCGUGGCAAACUUCUAUUCACAGAUACUAACUCACUCGAUCUUCGGAUUUUAUCUGAUUUCCAGUCUAAUGUUCAACAAUGCGUGGCAAACAGAGGUCUUGGACUCACUGCUCAGAUAAUCGAUCACUGUAAUUUGAUUCUCAAGUUUCCUCAAGGCACUAAUAGCACCUGGUUUAAUGAGCAGUUUAAAAUCUUUGAGCCCCUGGAAUACAAGUAUGAUGUUUGUGAAGCCAUAUUAUUGUGGGAACAGUAUCGUAAUAUGACUACAGUUUUGACAAGAGAGUAUCUGGAUGCACGGCCUGAUGGGUGGCUAGAUUAUGCUCCAAAAAGAAUAGCACAGUUAGGAGCAGACAAAUGCUACAAUAGGACCCUUUGUGAAGAACAUCUUAAUGUGCUUUUACCAGCAAAGCCACCUUUCCAUCCUCGCCAGUUUCAAACUUGUGCUGUUGUUGGAAAUUCGGGAGACCUCUUAAAGACAGAAUUCGGUGAGGAAAUUGACGGUCAUGAUGCUGUCAUAAGAGACAAUGAGGCCCCUGUUAAUGAGAAAUAUGCCAAGUAUGUUGGACUAAAGAGGGAUUUUCGCCUCGUAGUUAGGGGUGCUGCACGUAACAUGAUUCCAAUUCUCAAUGGGUCAGAUGAUGAAGUGCUUAUUAUCAAAAGUCUCACCCAUAGAGAUUUCAACACAAUGAUAAAGAGGAUCCCAAAUCCCGUUUAUCUGUUCCAAGGUAUUGUGCUUCGUAGAGGUGCCAAGGGAACUGGAAUGAAAUCAAUUGAACUGGCACUUUCCAUGUGUGACAUUGUUGACAUCUAUGGUUUCACUGUUGAUCCUGGAUAUACGGAGUGGACUCGGUACUUUUCAACACCAAGAAAAGGACACAAUCCACUUCAAGGAAGAGCAUACUACCAGCUUCUAGAAUGCCUUGGUGUAAUUAGGAUCCAUUCUCCAAUGAGAGCUGAAAGGAAGCAAGAUUGGUCAGAUAUACCGAGUCGAGAAACAAUAAGCAGAGCUCAUUCUGCUGUUGUACGGUUGAAAAAGAAUGAAGCUGGUGAAGACAGUGAUUUGGGACAAUUCCGGAACUGUAAAGUGUGGGGGCAAUCUGGUCCUUAUGGGAGUGGGCCUGUAUCAGGAUCGCCAGAUAUGAGUGAUGUGAGAAAGAAAUCAAGUUACAGCAAAUGGGAGGUGAUGCCUUUUGAGAAACUAAGUGAAACAGCAAGAGAUCAAUUCAGUCAGAUGGAGGGGGUGUCUUUAUAUAAAAUGGAUGGCAAUAAAUUAGACGAUCUAGUCUGUGUGAGGCAUUCCCUCAAAUCCCAAGUGUGAUGGUUGCCGUAGUAGCAUCUCUCUCUCUCUCUCUCUCUCUCUCUCUCUCUCUCUCUCUCUCUCUCCUUUUUUGACUAACUGAGAGCGUUCGUUCAGACAAAUGGUUGGUUAUGCUGAGGACAUGCGUGAUCAACAGUGGCCAGGCAAUGAAUGCUUUCUUUGUCUCUUGAAUUUUCAUGCUGACUUAUCAAAGGCUGCCUGCCUGCUUCUUUUUGUAAAUCAGCUUAUGUUUAAGCAUAUGUAUGUUAGUAUGUAUGUAUGUACUGAGAAAUUCAGAUUUGGAUUGUGUAGAUGUUCAAUAGCAGUGAAUGUCAACGCCAUCUCCCUCUCUUUUUUUUUAAA